AUGACGGAUACCGUGAACACCAACGCACUGAGAGGAAUCCGCGUAGUGGAGUUUGGCCCCUACGUGGCUUUGCCGCUCACCGGGCGCAUUCUGGGGUCGCUGGGCGCAGAAGUCAUCAAGGUGGAAACCAACAAGGUACUCGAUGAGAUGGCGUUCAUACCGGCAUGGUCCAGGGGCGCUGGGCAACCGGAGUACCAGCGGGGCAAGCGGCGAAUUACGCUGGACGUGCGGACGCCGAAGGGACGCGACCUGAUGCUGGAACUGGUGCGCAUCAGCGACGUGUUCAUGACCAACUUCCGCCGCAAUAUUCUGGAUCGCUGGGGCAUCGACUUCCCCACCAUCCGCGAGCAUCGGCCCGACUCCGUAAUCAUGUGGCAGACCGGUUUGGGCGGGCACGGGCCGUACUACACCUACAAGUCAUUUGGAAUCCUGGUACAACACCUGUCCGGCGUAUCGCUAAUGACCGGCGAGGACGAAGAGCCUCCCGGGGUGGUGAACACGUCCUACUCCGACUACCAUACCGGCGUGUUCCAGCCGGCGGCCAUCAUAGCGGCCUUGAUGCGGCGGAAUCUGACCGGCAAAACGGCAACGAUGGAAUCGUCGAUAUUCAAGUCGGGCGUGGCAACCUGCGGGCCAGCGCUGCUGGAAUACCAGGUCAACGGUCGCGGGCCGCAACGUCGGGGCAAUCGGGACGCCUACGCCGUGCCUCACGGGGUGUAUCCGUGCGCCGGCGAAGACCGGUAUAUCGCCAUCUCGGCCGCCAACGACCAGCAAUGGCAGUGUUUGCGGACGGCCAUGGGCGAUCCGGCCUGGGCCACCACACCCGAGUUCGAAACACGCAUCGGGCGGCGCAAGAACGAGAAAUCACUGGACGCGGGCAUCACUGAAUGGACGCAGGUUCAGGAUUCGGUUUCGCUCAUGGGAAUAUUGCAGGCUGCCGGCGUGCCGGCCGGCAUAGUCUCCCAGGGCGAGGACCUGAACGACAGCGCACACCUGAAGUCGCGGGGGUUUUAUCAGGACACGCGAUAUUGGGAAGCGGAACGGGGCGUGAAGGCCACCGAGUGGACGGAAGGCGAGAGCGUUCGUGGACCAUACCGGCACGCAUGUCGGGCACGCCCAUUGAGUUCGGCAAGCCGGAUGCAGCCCAUUCGCCGGUGGGGUACUAUUGGGCCAUCAGACCGUAAUGAGGUGCCCCCGAUGACCGUAGACGCCGCCGCUGCCUCCAUCACCCACGCCGAACUUCGCGCUGCCAUACCUCCCCUGGACGGCGGAAUAUCCCUGUCCGGCCUGCAUGCCGCGGUUCAGGUUUGGCGCGACGAAUGGGGCAUCCCGCACAUCCGCGCCACCGACGAACACGACGCCUGGUUCGCCCAGGGGUUUGUGACCGCUCAGGACCGGUUAUGGGCGAUGGAAUAUGACCGUCGGCGAGCAGUGGGCCGCUGGGCCGAAGCGGUCGGCCCCUCUGCCGUGGGACAGGAUAUUCAGAUUCGCCGCCACCGGUUGGAAGACGCGGCCCGCGCCGAUUGCGCCGCCGCCGGCGCCCGCGCCCGGGCGAUGCUGGAAUCCUAUGCCGACGGGGUCAACGCAUUCAUCGAAAGCGACGCGCCCCUGCCGGUGGAGUACGGCAUCACCGGGAUAGCGCCCGAGCCUUGGGAACCGUGGCACAGCCUGGCCAUUUACAAGGUGCGUCACGUAUUGAUGGGCGUGUUUGAGAGCAAAGCGUGGCGGGCUCGGCUGGUGCUGGAGCUGGGGCCGGAGAGGGCGGCGCAGUUGUUUCCGUCGUAUCCGCCGGGUCAACCGGUCAUAAUCCCCACCGGCGCCGCCUACAGCGGUUCCGCGGAUGUGGGUUAUCAGCAAUUACUCGACGGCGCCGCCAACCUGAAUGUCAUCGGCGAGAUGGAUAGCGGCUCCAACUCCUGGGUGAUUUCGGGCGAGCGCACCGCCACCGGCAAGCCUAUCCUGGCCGGCGACAGCCACCGUGGCCUGGACGUUCCCAGCGUCUAUUACCAGAACCAUCUCGCCUGCGACAGGUUCGACGUGGUGGGCAAUUCCUUUGCCGGGGUGCCCGGUUUCCCCCACUUUGGGCACAACCGGUGGGUGGCCUGGUGCGUUACCCACACCAGCGCCGACUAUCAGGAUUUGUACAUCGAACGGUUCAACGACGCCGACGCCUCGCUGUAUCAACGUCAGGGCGACUGGUACAACGCCGACGUUCGUGAUGAGGUGAUACGCGUACGCGACGGCGAUGAUGUUCAUCUGCGCACCUGGGGGACCCACCACGGCCCGAUUGUUGGCGGCGAUCCGUUGUCCGGUUACGGCCUCGCCCUGCGCUACACCGCCACGCCGAUCUUUUACGAAAAUCAGGGCGACCCGUGGACGAACAUCCUGCCGGCCAUGCUGGAGGCUGGCAGUGUGACCGAGUUGGCCGAUGCCAUGGAAGAAUGGGUUGAUCCGGUCAACAACUUCGUCAUGGCCGACGUACACGGCAAUAUUGGCUACCAGUGCCGGGGCGAGAUUCCCCGCCGCCCCGACGAUGCGCCGGCGCCGUUGCCCGUGCCGGGCUGGGACGGGAACCACGAAUGGCAGGGAAGCAUCCCCUUUGCCGAUCUGCCCCGCAAUAUCAACCCGCCGGAAGGUUACAUCGUCACGGCCAAUAACCGGCCCGUUCUCGAGGAUUACCCCUACUACAUCUCAAUGGACUUCGCACCCGGUUACCGUGCCAUGCGCGUCGCUGAUCGCAUUCUCAACAUGCCCAAUCCUUCGGCCAGCGAAAUGGGACGCAUCCAUUCCGAACGGGUGUCGCUCCCGGCGCGGGCCUAUGUUGCCGCCCUGCAAUCCUGUCCGCCACCCGCUGACCCGGCGGUCGCUGCCGCGUUGGAUCGCCUGCAAUCCUGGUCUGGCAGCAUGGAUCGCGACGCCAUCGAACCUACCAUCUACAGCGCCAUGCGUGAUCUGCUGCAGUGGCGGUUGCUGAAACACAACAUCGGCGAGGAUCUGGCCGCAUUGGCGUGGCAUCCUGUCGAUCGGGGGCGCGGUGGGUUCGUAAACCGGUUCCGAAUUCUAAUGAACGACGCCAUCACGGACGGCGACACCAGCCUGCUGCCCAACGGCGAAAAUUGGCCCGCCGCGCUUACGGCCGCGUUGGGAGAGGCAAUCCACAUCCUGACGCACCGGCUGGGGCCGGACAUGGGAACCUGGAGAUGGGAUCGAGUGCAUCGAGCGCGGCCCCAGCAUCCAGUGGCGAUGGCAACCCCCAGCCUGGGUGCGCUGCUCAACCCGCCGGAGAUUCUCACCGGCGGCGAUGGCGAUACCCCCUGGGCGGGUUCCUAUUCGCCGGCCGAUUUCGCUACGGUGGGCGGCCUGUCGGUAUUCCGCUACGCCUACGACCUGGGAGACUGGGAACGCUCGCUUUGGGCGGUGCCGUUGGGCGCAUCGGGCCAUCCUGGCAGCGAACACUACGCCGACCAAUCGGCCACCUGGGGGCCCGUCCGCAUGGUGCCCAUGCAAUACGAUUGGGAAAGCAUCAAAACGACCGCCCCGACAACCCAAACCCUGAUGCCGGGGUAG